UUUGUCGUUUAGUUUCUUAAUUUUAUUAUUAUUUUCUAAUUUUGACAUCAAAUACUAAUUUAUAAAUUGUUUAAUUUAAUUAAAAUGUUUAGAUCUUAUAAGUUGACAACAUUUUCAUUAAACACAUUCAGUUGUCGACACUUUAAAUUCUGGGGCAAAAAAUCACAAAAUAAUAAAAGCAAUUCAACUAAUAGUCUUUCUCAAGACAAAUCAAAGACUUCAUUAUCUUACUAUUCAUUAGAUCCAAAGUAUUUAAGUAAAGAUAAAGAGAUUCCGAUUCUGAUGUAUCACCACAUGUUCACCAGUAAAGACAUGUAUCAAACAAUUGUCAAAACUUUGGCUGAGAAAACCGGACGUACAAUAUAUUUGUUGGAUAUGAGAAAUCACGGCGAAAGUGUUCACUCUGGUGUUGACCACUCGGAUAUCAACUUUAUAGCCAAAGAUGUUCGCGAUUUUAUGGAUGAAUUUAAGAUUGAUAGGGCUGUGUUGGCCGGUCAUGGAGUGGGCGGUCUGGCUAUGCUUCGCAUGAGUUUACUGUUUGGCAAUCGUGUAGACAAAGUGAUUGCAUUUGAUAUGACACCUGUGGAUCAAAUUUUGUUUGGUUCCCGAGUGGUUGACCGCAUGUAUUAUAUAGUGUCAGCGCUUCCCAACAAUAUAAACGUAUCGUAUGCUAGACUUAUUGUCAAAGAAAACUUGAGUCGAUAUUUUCGGGAUAAAACACUUUUGAUGCAUAUAUUAAUGAAUCUUAAGAAACAGCCGAAUGGUUACGUCAAAUGGACAUUCAAUUUGCCGGUUAUCCGCCAAUUGCUUAUCAAAGGUAUUGACCGGUUAAACAUUUAUGACAAUAAAUACUCGGGUAAUGUGUGGAUAGUUAACGGAAAACAUAGCUCAAUGACUGCAAAUAAUUAUAGCAAACUAAAGGAAUCGUUUCCCAACUCAACCUUUAAAUUUGAAAAACACUUCCAUCAGCUAUCUCUUCAUCCAUCAAAAAGUCAACAAUUUGUUAAUACAAUGAUUUCAUUUAUCAACAAACAGUCAAACAAAUAAGCAUUAAAUUCAUAAU